ACACGCUUAUUCGCUUAACGUUUCAACUAUUUCUUUGCCACCCCGUUAUCGUAGAAUUUAUUUCAAUUUAACUUUACAUUGUUACGAUUCCCUAAUUAUUUUUCUAUCGACAAAGUAUAAAAGCUAAUAAAUAUUUCGUUCGCAUGUUACAAUUAUUUGACGCAAAAAUGACUGUGGUAUUCGCCGUGUGCUCGUUUACCGUUAUUGAACAAGAGAGAGAGAGAGAGAGAGAGAGAGAGAGAGAGAAUAAAAGGAGAGUAUUUAGCACAUUGCUCGAAAGGAAUCGAACGGAAGUACAAAGCAAAUCGUAUCUUUGAGCGUUCAUUUUGUUUCGUAUGGGAUUGCGUAUCCGAGAUGUCGUUGAGUCCAGUAAUCCAACCUUGUCAUUAUUUCUUAGCAUUUUAUCUUUUGUUCAAUCAUCUAGUUAAAAGUGGAUUAUCCGAGUGUUUUUCAAACGACACUUGUUCGAGAACCAAAAGGAUUGUGGAUGACGAUAACCCGAGGUAUCUGAUAUUUCCACAGGGAAGUAAUGUUCAGUUGGUAUACUGUAUGACCAUCGCCACGUACUCGAAGCCUCAAGGAAUGUUUACCGUUGGUGUUACGGCCGGACUGGCAUGGGAACUUCCUCAUAGAAAUACCGUAUUGUACAGGAAACCUGCCGAGGUUUAUCAUCGUCGAAGCAGAAGGGAGUUGUACCGCAAAGUGGAACUAAUGCUGAAAACUCAAGGGAAAGAUGGCAAGGCCUGCGUUCUCAAAGCAAUUUGCAAAGCCUCUAAAAGGGAUAAUAAACUAAUUGGCAAAGGCACAUUUCUCGAAGAAAUUUUACACACUAUAUUCACAUUACCUGAUGGAUUUUACGAGCUCGAUCCAAUGACAGAAUACGAAAAGGUUUAUACCAAUCAACAAAAUUGUGACGAAUUUGUCGCUAAAUGUCCAGACGUCUUUUGAAAAUAAAACGAAUGAGUCAUGUUUUAGGUUGGUCUAUAUACGAUAAGUUUACUUUACAGGGGGCAUUGGGGCAUUAACUCUGUCGGACUUCCUAGAAGAGCUUGGAAACCGCUUUAGUUAAUGCUGCGUUUGUGCGGCUUCAUCUAAACUUGCCAUCUAAUUAACGAAAUUAACCAACCUAAAAGACAUAACAUGAUUAAAUAGAUUUCAAAUAGUAGACAAGAAAAAGUAAUAAUAGUGUUAUUUUAUUAACUUAGAUAUUUCUUUCUAUACUUUUAUUCACAGGAAUAUAUAGUAUUAGGAAUAGUAGACACAUAGAACUCCCAGUACGUGUACUACCUGGUACGUGCUCGUUGAACCAUAUAAUAAACAUUCAUGCUGUCAGAGCUUAAUGCACUUUUUAUUGCGUAUCGUCUGAGUGCUCGAGUAUCUCUACGUUAUGUGUGUACUUUCUCGUUCAAAGCUAUGCUCUAUUUCCUAUGAUAUCUUACCCAUACGUUUAUCGUUCGACCCCCGUUCAACAAAUUUAUAAUAAUACAAUAUUUGAUAAAAUCUAAAUAAGGAAAUUCUAAUACAAUUUGGGAAUUGACAAGGACUUCUGACUUCUGUUAAUGACGUGCGAUACAAACCUGAUUCCCAAUUGACGAUCUCUACCAAUUCGAAUUGUAUUAUAUCAAACGCGUCUAUGUCAAUGUAUCGCACAUUCCUGGUUAUACGUUAUAUACGUGUGAUGUAAAUGUGUGUACCAAUACCCGAUUAUAGAUAUGUGCAUGUGUAUGCGUAUGCGUGUUUGCGUGUUUGCGUGUUUGCGUGUACGAAUAUACAUCCAAUGAAAAUACACGUUCGCGAUGACAAACCCCGGAAAGAUAUACAUCCAGCGAAGAUGUAUGCUAUAUUAUUACAGUAAUAUGAAUAAUUAUUAUAAUAGCAUUCAAUUGAAAUUAUUUGGCGAUAAUUCGAAACUCAAAGUCGACUGUUUGCUAUAAAUGUUAAGAAAUAGUAGAAGCUUGAACGUUCAUUUAUAAACUUGAAAUAAUAUAUAAAUUUAAUAGAGAGAGAGAGAUCGAUCAAGAAUGAACUUUGAUUUUAAUUACUUUGCCUGUCUACAUAUUGUCAGUCUUAAUUAAAUAUCGAUACAAUAUUUAAUGAAGUAAAUUGUUCUUUUAAUGAACAAU